GAAUAUUAUACCACUCCCUUGUCUUUCCUUUUCUUUUCUUCUUUCUUUUAAUUUUAAUUUCACUUCCUCUAACCCCUAUUAGUGCCCCCUGUUCAUGCACUCUUAUUAGACUCUCAUAUAACAUCCAGGCCUAACUCCAACGAUAGGAAUAGCAGCGCUUCAGGGACAAUCUGACAGUCUUAGCUUUACUUCGUGCUUCGUCAUCACUGGUUUACUUCCAUAGAGCGAGAGUGUACCUUCGACCAGCUUUCUUUUACGUCCUUUUAGUCCUUCCAACAUAUCGCUCCACAAUCCUCACGCAGAAAUGCAUGACUUCGGAUCUGAUUCAGGGCCAGGGCCAGGGCCAGCCCCCCCACCAUCACUAACCUUACCCUCCCUCCGAGAGCUUGACAAGGCAAUACGAUCGGAGCAACAGAUGAUGCCAACAGGUCUAGGGACACAGGUACUAGAUCCACGCCCUCCUCAUCUUCCAUUGCGACUAGGACAGUCCCAGCUUCUGUCGCUUCAACAUCAGCCCCACCCUCAGCACAAUUAUACGCAGUAUCCCUCACAUCUGCCGCCAUCGCCUCAUGGGCCAGGCCCUCAACGUUUUUAUGCACGCACCCAUCACAGUCGUCACUCAUCCUCUGCUGGAUCUCUUCCAGAUUUGUACAUGAGCUCGACCUCUGCCCCUUCUACCACAACAACCUCCAGUCUCUCGAGAGCUGAUUCGCUCUCAAGCACGGAGUCCCUUCAAGGUGCACGCCAUCCUCACCACAGUGGUCUCUCACAUCGCCACUACUCCAGUGCUAAUGACAACAGAAGCACUACAGCAGGGCCGACAACCAGUAAUAGCUUGGGCUACACUCCUGGCAGCGGGAACAGUACUACCAGUAGCAGGCAUAGCUUUCACCAUCAACAACACCAUUAUCAUUCUGCGGGACUUGCACGAGCUAACCUGACCGCCGCUGCCCAUCAACAGCAGCUUCAUCGCCAGCCGGCUGACUCUGCGACUCCUUCAACCGACCAUGGAGUGGCUGCAGCUACAGCCUCCUCGUCCGAAACAACAGAGCCUAGAAGCGCUCCAAGCAGUAGCGGUAAGGCAGGAUCAACCGGCAGCUCUACUGCCACAGAGCAGCAGGGACGAAACACGAGUAAGCGUGCAGCUCAGAACAGAGCAGCUCAACGCGCGUUCAGACAACGUAAAGAUCUCUAUGUUCGUGAGCUAGAACGCAAGGCCGAGCUGCUGCAGCAAACUGAAGGCAAAAUCCUGCAACUAGCUGCAAGGAAUCGCGAGCUAGAAGCGGCGCUAGCCAUCUCUUCCAAUGAUGGGCCGUCGUCGUCCCCCAGCUCACAAGAACAAUCGCAGACGUCGCCAAACCUAUCAAAUAGCUCCAUGGGGUUGGGUGGGUUGCCCACAAAAUGUGCAUCCCCAGCUGCAACGACGGAGCACGGGCAGGAAAAAGAGCCCACCAACCAUGGUCGGGAAAGGACUCAAGCCGAAAAGCCUCAAUUAAGUGCAGAAGAUAUGAGGCAAGAGGAUCGUCUUCCCAUACGGCCAGUCAUCUCUCGCCAUGCUUCUUCAAAUCAGCUACACGACGUCUACACCAACCCCUCGCAUUUACUAGCGGGCUCGUCUCGAAAGCAAUCGCCUUCAAUCAGACAUCGACAGUCUCUAUAUCAGCUACCACACCAACGCUCUGAGUUCGAAAAUAUGUCCGAAGGCCACGGUAGCAACGAUGCUAAUCAACGUACAAUUCGUCGUCAACUAUCAGAAAGUUCCUUUAUACUGGGACGACGAGAGUCCAACUCUGCAGAGUCUAGUGAAGGAUGCAAUAGCCCAGAAGGCCGUAGAGAGCCCCGCGAUGCGCGAGACGAGCCCAUGGAGCUAAACAGUGAGCCAUACCACAGCAGUAAUACUGCACAGCCCGAAUACAGUGGAGGAUCCUCAAUUCGCCCAUAUGUUCAACAGUCCUUUUCGGGAGCUUCGCAGCAAGAAGUCGCAUUACAUGGACGCUCAACUCUGUCUCGGAAUGCAACAGCGGCAGCUCAGCAACAGGGAAUUAGGUACUCUAAUCCGCCGCUCGCGAGGUCAUGGUCAUAUCGGAUAGAGGAGAGCGCUGCAAAUCCCCGCUCUCCUGUAGCCACAUCGGCAUCGCAGUCGAGCUCUGGCGUGGUAACAGGAGGAAUGGCUUCUUCAAAUUCGCUUCCUGAGAGAGCUUAUGGUGAUCAACAGCAUCGCUACUAUCACCACCAAGACUACUGGGGCAGUGAAAAUGACAUGGAGUACAUUUCAGACGAGCAAUAUGACCCUUAUCAUGGUUAUAACCAUCAAAAUGUGAUCAAAAAGCAACCAAGCAACGGAUCUAUUGGCGCGACCACCAGCGGCGGCGACAACAAUCCCGGCCGUCCUUCAGAACCUAUGCAGAUUGAUAUAUCAAAGCAGCCAAAUAAAGGUGGUGGUGCUCACAUCAAUGAGCCCUCAGUUUCACCUCACAAUGGCAGUCCAGAACACAUGAAGAUUGAGAUUCGAAAACAGGCAAGUUGGGACUCGUUUUCGACACCUAAUUCUAUAAAUUUGACUCCAAUAUCCGUGGUACUGGCAGUACCUCGAGAUACAAGUGGUGGCAUGGACAUACAAGAGCCACUUCACCGACCUCACCAGCAGCAGCAAUCACGGCAUUUACAACAUCGAGCCAGCACUGGAAGUGUCUCUGUCCGAGAUAUAAGUCAACACUACUCUAGUAGUAAUGGAGCAACUAUGCACCCAUCUCGUAUAUUGAUGGUAGAUGACCCUGUAACGGAACCAUCGGAUGGCGGGGAUAAAAACGGGGUGCCGACGACGCCACCACAUAUGACACGACACCAACAACAGUAUUUCUAUUCCUUGGAGCAGCAGCGCCAAGGACUUCAGCAGCAGCGACGGUCUCAUCCGCAGAGCCCUGCACGAGAACACCCUAGUGUUUAUACAGACUCACCAAAUAUGCCAUUUUAUACACAUCAACAACAAUAUCAGCUACAAUCACAAAAGCAUCAGCAAGGCCAUGCACAUGGCCACAUGAAUGGUUAUAACCCUUUAAAGCGGCAAAUAGGCGGGAAAUUUGAGGGGCGCGAAGGUGCUGGUUCAGACAUGGAAGCGAUUUAUCAGCAUUCGAGACAGAGUAGCAAUGAGACAUCUAUGAGGUCUUCAUGAAUCGGGGAAGCUCGCCCUUGAGUACCCAAAGGCGUUGAAAAGCAAGCCAUCUUUCACUUUCCAGGCCAGGAUUUGCCCGUUAAUGAUGGAUGAGGGUUCGGUUAGAAUAAGAAAUGGUGAUUCGUAUGACCAUUUCCCACCUGGGGUUAUUUUUUUUUAUUAUUUUUUUAUUAUUUUUUUAUUUUUUAUUUUUAAUGACGAGUUUAUGAUUAUGAUAGAGGAGAAUGACAACCACCUAUUUCCGUUAUCUUUUUUUGCUUUAUUCAUGUUUUACGAUUAUGAUUUGUUCGUAUUUGCUCUUCGUUCCUAAACUACUGUUUUCUAUUUUCUCAUUUCUCGAGUCUCUUUUUUUUUGUUUUUGUCUGUAUAAUAAAAAAUCUCACGACCCAUGAGACCAA